AUCCACAACAGGGGCGUGGAUAAUCACAAGCUGUACAACGACCACAGGUGGGACGGCGUGAUCAAGAGCAUGGAGUCGCCGAAACCACAUUUGAAAGGGAAGGUUGUCGACCUCUGCGAGUUCGUCAAGAAAUGGUCUGGUGGGCCCGAUGCUUGCUACCUCAAGAACUUAGACGCGUGGGCCAAAACAUCGCGGUACCGCAAGGAAGUAUCGGGCGCCACAUUCAGGGCGUUGGCGUCCUUGGGCUUCUGCCGAGGACCCGAGCUGGUGAUAGCCAUGCUGAAAGCGUGCACGAUCAGCCUUGAGCCUUACACAUCAGCGGGGGUGUCCAAGCUGCUGAGCUCGACAGAUCUCGGAAGCGCGCUGACCAAACACAAGGAGGAGGUGCUGAAGUUCGCCGCCGCCAUUCGGUCUGCCAAGGCGUGGCCGGAGGACCUCCGACGCGAGGAUAUGUACCAGGGCAUCGGCGCCGUCGACGUGACGAAGGCGCUGGGGGACAUGGAGGUCAGGUCGGCGACGUUCGUGAUGAACCAAAAAAUGCAGGCGCCCAAGCGCGUCGAUCCUGCGACGAUGUACUUCAGCGCCGACGGCGGCAUCAACAUGAAGUACCUCGCACCCCUUCAGCUGCAGGUCGGGGGCAUCGCGGAGCCCAAGAAAGAGGAUGAGAACGUCGUCUGGUACAGGGUCCUGGACUCGAGCGCUCACACGCGCGCGUUGCGGGAGCUGCACGAGGACGAGUGCAAGGGGGGCAGCGACGACGAGGCCGACGAGACCAAGGAUGACCAGCACGGCGUCAAGAACGAGGCUGAGGUCUCGCAGAAGCUCGAGUUGUCAACUGGCGCGCUGGCCGACGACUACAAGGCGGUUCUGAAGACCGAGUGCGUCAGCGCCAUCGUCGACCCCACGGCGGCUUCGGCGCUGGACCGCCGCCGCAACCAGGGGGCAGGGUGA